AUGGUUCAGAUGUACAGCAUCCUCGGCCGCCAGGUUGGCUCCCACUACCUCGCCAUGGGCGUCCUCAGCGCUCUGUUCGGUGGUGCCUACGUCGGUCUCAGCGGCCCCAGCAAGGCCAAGGCCGCCACCCAGACUCCUCCCAUCAACGCAUCCAGCCCCGACGAGGAGAACUUCAUCAAGUGCGCCGAACCCCUUCCCAUCCUGUCCCGCCGCCCCGUACUCACCACCCCUCAAACAGGAACUUCUUAG